GAAUGAACGAAUAUAUUCUUACAGUAAUUACUUUUAUAUUAAGAUACAAUUUGUGAAAUAUAAAUUUAAUAUCGAAAUAUGUAAUAAACAAGGUUAACUUAUAAAACAUCUUUUAAAAUUGCGUGAUUUCUUAAUUCAUAGUACGUGAAUAAUCAAAUAUUGAUUAGUCAUUCCAUAUAAAUAAAUAUUACUUAAUAUUGUCAUAGUUCCUAAGCAAAUAUGGUAUCUUCAUGGUGUUAUUUCAUUUUACCAGUAGUAUUAUUUAUUGGUUUACUUCGAAAAUGUCGUGAACGUACAUGGGGAAGAUGUAAAAAUACAGACAGUUUGGUAGGUCGAGUAUUCAUUGUAACAGGUGCUAAUUCCGGUAUUGGUAAGGAAACAGUAAAAGAAUUGGCUAAAAGAAAAGCUACAGUUAUUCUAGCCUGUAGAAAUAUACAAACUGCUCGAAAUGCUAUAUCUGAUAUACGCACUCAAAUAUCUACUGGAGAAUUGGUGCCAAUGGAAUUAAAUUUGGCAUCAUUUUCAUCAAUAAAAGAAUUUGCUAUGGAAGUAAUAAAAAACUUUGCAGAGAUUCAUGUAUUAAUUAAUAAUGCUGGAGUAUAUGUUCCUUUCAAAGAACAAGCUUUAACUGAUGAUGGAUUUGAAAUUCAUUUUGGAGUAAAUCAUUUAGGUCACUUUUUGCUUACAAAUUUACUUUUGGAACAUUUAAAACAAAAUGGACCAAACAGAAUUGUUAUUGUGACAUCUAAACUUUUUGAAUCUGGGAUAAUUGAUUUUUCCAAUCUAAAUUGUGAAAAAGGAUUGGUAGUUAAAGGACGCAUGAAUCCUGCCUAUUGUAAUUCAAAAUUAGCAAAUACUUAUUUUGGUAUUGAACUUGCUAAACGAACAAAAGAUAAUGAUAUUAAUGUUUACAUGGUUUGUCCUGGAUUCACUUACACUGGUUUAUUCAGAAAUGUUAAAAGGAGUUGGUUUCAUUACAUUAUUUUUUCACCUGUUGCUCUAUUAUUUUUACGUACUGCAAAUCAGGGUGCACAAACAGUAUUACAUUGUGCAAUAGAACCUUCCUUAUCUAAUGAGAGUGGUAAUAUUUACCGUGAUUGUAAACUUUAUGUUUCAAAAAAAGAAUUAGAUCCUAAUGUAGCAUUACGUUUAUGGGAUGUAAGUGCAAAACUGACUAGAAUUAAUGAAUUUUUAAAAUGAACAUUUUCAUUUAUAUUACAUACAUUAAUUUACUUUUAAUAUCUCAGUGGCCAUUUAAUAUUUAUUUUUGUAUGUAAACUAUAAUAAUAUAUAAGAGUAUA